CUGGAACUCAGAUCUUGCAGCCGAGACUAGCCGCCUCACCUUAUAAUUCUAUCAUACACACCUGUGAUCGCAUGCAUUUCAUCUGAAGCGCGAAGCACCUCGUCUUCGAUAAACGCAAUCACCAGAGAAACGCCGAUGUGGUCAGCAGAUCCCUGGGAGCCUUCGGACAAUGACAUCGUCCUCAACCUUCUCCAAGUGCGCAAGGAAAACAAGACCUGGCUACAUCGCUGGGGUCAGGGCGAAUCGCCGGUUCGGUAUGAUACUGCUUCUACCGAAGUUCACAGCCACCGGCGUCUUGUGGUCCAUCCAGCGCUGUGUUGUGUCUCUCUGUUUAUGCCACUCGAAGUCUGGGAACGAGUCAUAGACAAUCUCAUUGGCGAUUCUCAAACACUGUACAGAUGUGCCCUGGUUUGCCGUACGUGGUACCCUCGGAGCCUCCACAACCUAUACAUUGCGAUAUCCAUCUCCUCCCGCCGCAAUUGGGACUAUCUAUCGGAUCUGCUGCGGCGCGUACCUCGUCUGCGACAACAGUUCAAGACCGCCCGCCAUCUGCAGAUCUGCGACCGCUCAACAUUCAUGUCGCUCGCAUCCACCCAGCUGUUCCCGUUUAUUCUCGGAAUGCAUCUGAAGGCGCUGCGCACUUUGCGGCUCACCAAUGGUACAUGCGACCAGUCGUUCCCUCCAGGAUUCUUCUUAUACCUCGGACAGCUCGCUUCACUCACGGAGCUGACACUCAGCGCAUAUCACAUCCAUUCUGGGCACCUCACGCAGUUCGUUGUCGCAUUCCCGCGGCUGGAGCGUCUUGUCCUGGAGGACAUUCGCGUUUUGCACCCGGAGCUGCUGACCGAUGUGAAGAUCGCGACAGCCUCGUCUUUGCGUUCAAUUGUGCUCCGGAUCGAGAGGGGUGGUUACGACGAAUGUAUCUCUAUGCACCAUCUGAUCAACUGGUUUAUUCGCUUGCCAUGGAUCCGCACCAUACAAUCCGUGCAGAUCAGGUUCAACGAGGACGUCUACGAGGAGCUCUACAAUACUAUUAGGCGGCGCGUGCGUCGCUGGCUCCAACAGCUCAUUUAUGCGCUCGACGAAUCGCUCGUGCACUUGGAAGUGCCAUGUAUAGCUGAAGAUCUACCAUAUGACCUGAAGAUGAAUGCAAAACUACGUUCUCUGCAUGUCCGAGAGUACAUCAGCGAGGCCGAAUGCCGCAAAGCCGGCAUGACGUUGUGGGGCACCAUUGCACGCUUCCUGUCUCAAAUUACCAGCCGCGAGAUACGGCGUAUCGCAUUCGGCAUCGACCUCGGAUGGAUCCGCGCGCCUGUCCACGCUGACCUCAUGCACUUCCUCUCUGAGCUGGAAAAGUGGGACCGCGUUUUAAUCGGUGAGGUCAUCUCCCGAAAGAACUUCAAAGCCCUGGAGGACGUCACGAUAAGGUGUUCCAUCUGGUUCGGCCAUGAUGCAACCCCAGCGCAUCUGGAUACUGCGUGGAACGCAAUCAAUACCCAGAUUUGGCGCAUGUUCGCUGCAUGGCAUGAACGGGGUAUUCUACACGUCCGAUCAUCGUAUCCCCACCUCGAGGGCUGCUCCAGCCUCAGCGCGAACUCCCCUGAGUAUGAGGCGCUACUCAGCUCUUUCGAGCACGACGUGUCUCACCCGAACCGACUGCCCGUCCGGAAGGACCGGCCGCUCGACGUUCUAUCGCGUCAGAACGAGGCAUUCACGAUCAGUGGUCCGGAUAGCUGGGAGCCUCUGUUGCAUUUUGACAGACGUCCACCGAGGCAGUUUCUGUACAGGUCGCACGGUGGCAUGCAAGCACCGAGAUGAUACAUCCGGCCUCCGUUACGGCUCGGACGAUGAGAUGCAAGACGAACUCUCAUCUGUAUCAGGUCUUGGUUUUCUCUUCACUAAAUCACGUAAUGAUAGAGACGCUGUAGCUGCUGGCUGCAUCAGUUUAUUUACGCAAGCACACGAAACGUCUCACCUUGACGGGUUAUUUUUAACCAUAGGUCGCGAAGAUGCAAACAUAUUUUGGUCGCAUCACGCCCUGACUGCGGGAUCAUCAUGCGCUCUUCCAUUUGCCUUGGUCAGGCUCGCCACCAUCUUCAGUGAGUUCUGUGUGCGAUUGGGUAUCAUAUAUGCAUCUUCAAGUCUUCUAAUGUAUGCGUACACUACUGUAACACGCGUCCGUGGCCGUCGUAACCUAGGCCCUCCACAAUCAAACCAUAACGUCAUCGUGUCCGUCACAUCUCUAUGGGAUUCACUACUUGCCGACGGUGAUACCCAUAUCCCUCAACUGCCCGUUCUCAAUCUCAUAA